CUGGACACCUUGGUGCCUUUUUCCGAGAUUGGGUUGAAGCCAUGUCGACGGGAAGAACAGGCUCGUCUAGCAAUUCCGGCCGGUCAAGGAAACAUGCCACGACCGCUUGCGAUUAUUGUCGGCAGAGGAAGGUAAAGUGUGACGGAAAAGAAACGCAGUGCUCGAACUGCGAGAACCAUGGCUUUGAAUGUACAUAUAGGUCUGAUCCAGACAAACGCAAAGGCCCGAGGCCAAUCCUCUCCCGCGUACAAGCACUCGAGCAGAUUCUGGUAGAGAAUGGAAUUCCUAUCCCAUCGUGCACGCCAACUUCUACUGAGCAAUCGACUGUACACAAGACUUACUUGACGCCAGCCCAGCCAAUUGCGGCCUCACAUCUGCAGUCCUUUUCGACAGGCUCUCCAACCAUGGAAGAAUGCAUAGAUACCCAUCUGGCUGUGGCCAUUUCGGCAGACCCUUUCGUCACUGAAUUGGAGCAACCUAUGCAUUGUCUCAGAAAUGAUGAGGCAAUAUCAUGGACAUGGGAUGAUGAUGGCAACGCCUCGACUGAGCUUUUUGAUCGGAACACCCAUGAUAACAUACUAGUUCCUGCUGAUGUAUUUCGUGAUCAUCAACCAUACGUGUCAGCCAAUGGCCUGGCAAAUGACCUGCAUAUCCAUGCUAAGCCUAAUUCAGUCUCUGAGGAUGGCUUGGAUUCGUUGGCGAUGCGAGUAGGAUCUCUCCAGGUGGCCGAGGACGGAGAACUACGCUUCUUUGGAGCCACAUCCAAUCUUCAUUUACUACAACAAUGGUGUUCUAAUUCUUCCCACCAUGGAAACAUGAAUACUACACGCAUGGACACCCAAUCUAUCCUUGAAAAGGCUGGACUAGGUCAUAAAAUUCCUAGAGAGCUAGAGGACCAUCUUAUCAAGUUGUAUCUCACCUGGGAAGAUCCCGCCACUCACAUUGUUGAUGGACAGCUUUUCUUUGAAGCUCGAAAUCAAGUCCUAGACCAUCCACAGAAUAUGGGACGAAUGCCCUCCUAUUACUCUGAAUUGCUGGUUAGCGCAAUGUGUGCCGUUGGUGUCGCAUUCACUACUCGCAUAAUUCCCGAGCUUCCCUCGCCGAUGGCCGAAUUUUUUAGCUCUCGCGCCAAAGCCUUGUUGGAAGUCGAAAUGGACAGGCCAAGUGUUUCGACGGUACAAGCACUAGUCGUAUUGAGUGCGCACGAAGCGGCAUUCACUAGGGAUGCUCGAGGGUGGUUGUACAGUGGGAUGGCGAUAAGACUGGCUGUCGAUCUCGGACUGCACUUGGACGUCGAGUCUUACGUAGCGACUGGCAUGAUGAGCAGGGCAGAGGCUGAUGUACGACGGACAACUUUCUUUGGGGUCUACAUUCUGGACAUAUAUUGGAGCUACUACAUGGGCCGCCCGCCGAUGAUGAAUGCGGUGAAAGCAACAAUCUCUAUACCCGAAAUCGAUGACGAUCUAAAGUCAUAUAGGCAAUGGCAAUCAUAUAUGGAGGAACCAUAUAUUACGAUGGACCCCGGCCCAUCAUGGACAGCUACCGAUGCUGUAUGGACACAAUGCAAAUAUACCAUAUCCUUAUGCGGAAUCAUGGAAUCAUUGCGAGAGGCGCUGUAUACCCCCAUUCCCAUGUCCCCGAGCACCCGAAUCCUCCAUGUUACGGAGUGUACAGAAAACCUGGCUAGAUGGUUUGAUGAACUACCGCCGUCGCUACGGAUUGACCUCGAUGAUUCGAGCAAGAUACAUCUGCCCCAUAUUAUACAGCUCAACAUGCAAUAUCACGAAAUCUUGAUCUUCGCCAAUCAUCCCUUUGCCAUCAAUACCAGGCUCAAUAUCCCCCAUAUGCAAGACAUAGCUCAUAUAUGCAGAACAUCUGCAUCCGCUAUCGCGCAACUUCUAAAGGUAUACGAGCGACAAUGGGGACUCUUCCGUGUUAAUAUCCAAGCCGUAAAGAUCGUCUUCUCUGCGACUUUGGUUCAUUUGUAUACCAUCUACGACAAUACUUCAACGAUUGACCAUGCGAACCAGGCUCUCGAGGACUUGAAAAUCUGUUGCCAUGCCCUGUGUCAGUUCUCUCGUAGUUGGCAUAACGCAUUACGCGCCCUUCAGUUUAUCGUAUUAUUAAAAGAAGAUAUGAAAAAGAAAGCCGCUUCCACACAGUUGCAAAGUUCCAUUUUUGGAAACCAUGAGGCGAACUUCAAAUGGCAGAUGUUGGAAGUAGCAUUAAAGGAAGUAAAGGAAACACAGCAGAAGCGACAGGCUGAAUUUAGCAAUGCCUCAUGGAUGGAAGAAUGGUCUGUCCUUAGUUCGUCUUUAAAAGGCGAUCCGUUUGCCUGUACAUUGAGAAAGUAA